UUUGAGUUCAAUAUUAAAUUCAUGUAUCUGAGACAAACACCAAAAAACAGCUAGAACUGAUACUACCAAGUCCUAAUAAUGUAAACCUGGAGCCUUAUAUAAGUUUUACUGUAGUUCAACAAACUAUAACAAGUUGUGUAAAACUCUCUAAAAUGGUGAAAGUAGAGUUAUUCUUUCUCCUCGCCAGCCUGGUAGGGACUGGUACUGGAAUGACUGUGACAGAUCUAGACAAAGUUGAUGGACACAUUUCUGAAAAGGAUGGAGUGCUACAAGAAAGAGAGGAACCUAUAAUAAUAUUUAACAAAGCCACUGAACUGUUCUUUCAUUCAGAGAAUUGCCCACCGGGGUAUUACAUGGGAGUGAUGCGCAAUGAUGUCUGCUACCUGAUAGGCCUGACAGAGUUGACCCACAGGGAAGCUAGUGAGUUCUGUAGAGAGACACAAGGAGGACUGGUUGUUAUUGAGGAUGCCUAUGACCAUGCCUAUCUUGUGGGACAUAUUGUUAUGCAGCCAGAACUGCGAGCUCAGUCCGCAUCCAGCACCCUCUAUUGGACAAGUGGCACCAAUUUAGUGGACGAAGUAUGGACGUGGUCAACAACUGGACAAUAUAUGAACUUCACAAAAUUCAGUGAACAAACCAACCCUGAUGUAUCAGGAUAUAUGGGACUGUUUGAUGAUAGACAGGGGUCUCCAUCGUCGUAUUAUGAUUGGUGGGUUUACCCGGCUUAUGGGGCACCACAGAAAGGAAGGUUCAUAUGUCAGCAUAAAAUAAAGCAUGAUGAUUGUGAUGUAUAAGAUCAUUAGUGCAAGGAAUAAAGGAGAUAGAGAUGACUGAGGGGACACUAUAUGAGAAAAUAUAAACAUUUUUGCUGAAAACAUGUGAACAAAUGCAUAAAAAGGACGAUUUAGACACAGUAAGAGCUUUUUCACAAUCUUACAAUAUUUUUCACUCAUAAAAUUCUCUGUCAUAAGUCCAUUUUCCAAUAUGCAUUUUUUAAGUAAAUCCAUUGAUUUAACACAAAAAGGCUGUGAAUAAAUUAUUUUCUAUUUCAAACGUUUAAGAAUCUAUCCGAUAUUCUCUAGUCUGUGC